ACGAUGCUGUCCGACGUAGAGGAGCUGCCCUCGGUGCAGCUGGGUGACUAUGUGCUACGGUUUGAGCUGGAAGAUCUGACACCGUUCGGCAAGGAAGUGGCUAAGAACGAGCUACGCGAAACGCCCGAAAUACGUACCGCUGCCAUCGAGGAGCUGCGCACACUGCUCAAAGAUGUUGAAGAUUUAGUGGUGCCGCUAGAUAACGAUGACUGGAUGAUCCGAUUCCUUCGUCCGUGCAAGUUCUACGCAAAGAGCGCCUGCGAGCUGAUUCAACGGUAUUAUCAGUUCAAAAUAAAACAUUUUGACAUGUACAACGAACUGAUGCCUUCCAAGGAGGCUAACAUCUUCAAGCAGAACAUACUGGCCGUGUUUCCGAACCGUGAUCAACUCGGACGCCGUGUGCUACUGCUCGAGCUGGGCAAAACCUGGAAGCAUAAGGAGGUUACGCUGGACGAAGUGUUCAAGGGAUGCGUACUGUUCUUGGAGGCGGCCAUGCUAGAGCCGGAAACGCAAGUCCACGGUGCGGUUGUGAUCUUUGACAUGGACGGACUAACGCUGCAACAAGCGUGGCAGUUUACUCCACCGUUUGCCAAACGUAUUGUGGAUUGGCUUCAGGAUGCGGUACCGUUGCGUAUCAAGGGUAUCCACAUUAUUAACCAGCCAAAGAUCUUCAACAUGGUGUUCGCAUUGUUCAAGCCGAUUCUGCGCGAGAAGUUGCGCAGUCGUAUCAUCUUUCACGGUACCGAUCGUGAGUCGCUGUAUAAGCACAUCUCAAAGGAGUGUCUACCAGCCGUCUACGGUGGUACGGUAGAUGCGCCGCGGGUACAGGGCGAACAGUGGUACGAGCUGUUGCUAAAGUGCGACAACGAGUACAAGGAGAUCAACAACUACGGCUACACCAAACAGCUGGAGGAGCAACGCAAUAAGAAGAACAAGAAAAAAUGA